AUGGAUUUAUUGUCGAGGAAGAUGUACUGUAAGAUGACUGAUGGCAGCGACAGUGUAUGUAAUGGCAGAGUGGCAGAAUACGUAAUGGAAGCAAGUGGUAAUACAGGUAGAGACGAGGAGACUUUGGACUGGGAUAGCAGCAGUAGAAAGAAGCAGAUAGAUGUGAAGGGUGCUGGUGUGUUUCAGGCCAAUCCUGGCCACAAGAGACAUUUUGCACAAAAUGUGGAAGGCACAAGUCUGGCGGAAGCUUGGAAAGUUUUUGUGAAGGCAUCAAGUGCCAGUAACAUGCGUACUGUUGCGAAUCUGCUGUGGCUCACUUCUGUGAUUACCUUCACCCUUUUCUAUUUCUUUUCUAAGGCCAUCACUGAAAAGAUGUUAGUAAGGGCACUGAAAGGUGGUAAAAAUACUAAGAUUGUUACUUUGAGUGGGAAGAAGAUUACAAAGAUGCCCUCAUCAUUAGAUAAACUGCCUGGUCUCAAGACCUUAAACCUUCAGAAUAACCGAAUUUCCAAGGUGUGCUCAGAGAUAAGCACCUUGACCCAGUUGACAGUACUAAAUCUGGGAAAUAAUCUUUUAGAAGAAAUUCCAGAAGAGAUGAAAUACCUUACAUCCCUGAAGAAGCUUCAUUUAUUUGGAAAUAAGAUUUGUAAAUUUGCAUCUGGAGCAUGUGAUGGCUUACAGAAUUUGAUUCUGCUUAAUCUGAACAACAAUGAGCUGGCAUGGAUUCCUCAAGAAAUCAGCAGAUUAAAAAACCUUAAAUAUUUGAGUAUAAAUCAUAACCAGCUAGCCAGCAUUCCUAAAGAACUUUGUUUUCUUAAGAAUCUUUUUGAACUUCACCUUAACUACAAUCAGCUCAUUUGCAUACCUGAAGAGAUUAAGUUCUUGAAGGAGCUCCAGAAGCUUCUUCUGGUCAGGAACAAUAUUGAAGUUCUGCCAAAGGGAAUUUGUCGUCUUAAAAACCUAAGAAUCCUAGACAUAGCUGGAAAUAUUAUUCAGACAUUUCCAUCAGGAUUUCAGAACCUGAAGCUGAGGGAAUUCUACUGUGAAGGAAACCCUCUGUUCCUGAAGGAGCCAGUUACCGCUGUACAACAGGAUGAUGUCUGGAGUCUACAGGAAAUAACAUCAAGAUUUAUAAUGAAUGAGCUCUCAGAAAAGAAUCCUUUUGUAAUGCAAGCUAUAACAUGGCACCCACUGGUCAAGAACAUAAUGUCUCAGAGAAGAAAAUGUGCAAUAUGUGGAAAGUACUUUUUAACAAUAUGGCUGGAAUGUGUUGAAUUUGUUCCUCCAUCAAAGAAAUGGAAGAUAAGCAGAAAUCUACAGCUGGUACCUCUUCAAAUAUUAAUUUGUUCUUACACAUGUUUUAAUCAACGCGGCCCUAACCUCUUUGGAAUUGCUCAAGUGUAGAGCCGGUGAGAAGCUCAUUUAGAGACUCACAUGACUUGCCCCAUCAGUUCUGCACACAAAGUCAGAUUAUGCCCUACUAUGGUACCGUGCUGUCUCUCCUCUCUUUGCCAAUACAUUAAGCAAAGGAAGAAAAAUAAUUUACUUAUAAAGAUCCCAACUUAAACACUAUA